AUGAGCAAAGUCGUUGAUAAAUCAAUAUUUGAUCGUGGGAUAUCAUGGCGAAUGCUUUUGCUCUUAAGUCUCAUUGCUUCAAUACAAGAUGCUUCCCGAUUUGCGGUCAGAGCCUUUUCUAAUUUCCGUCCUUCUCAGAGAAGCCUCUAUCCUACCUCUUUUGUUGAAACUUUCAGGGGCCCUUAUUUGGGCUCGUCGUCGUCGUCGUCGUCGUCAAGAAUCCCACUCCAUGCCCGCACAUCGUCAAAGGUUGACGCGGCAGGAACCUCCACCAAAGUGCUAUAUCAGAAAGUCAUUCGACCACCGCCAAGUCUACCAGACAUUUUGUUUCUAGGAUACCUUGUCGAAUACCUGGAAAGCUAUUUCGAGCUGCCAAACGGUCUUCCAAUGAUUUAUGAGACCAACAAACCGAAAAAAGAAGCUCAGUACAUUAUCGAGGUCGAUUCGCCGUUGAGUCCAGCCUCGGAGGUCACUCGUAUGGAAAUAGAAGUAGUGGGAAUCUACACGACCAGUAAAGACGACAAAAAAGACAAAAACGGUAAUAAGUCCACGUCCCCAUCUACCCCAAAUAUGGCCAUGGUCGUCGUCAAAAAGAAAAAGGACCCACAAUCUUCCAUUCCUCCCAUGAUGGAAAACUUGUUCACCGAUUCGGAAAAAAGAAUCCUCAAGGCGUUGGAUCGUGGACUGGAGGACUUUGUGCAAGGAAAGAUUCGAUUUCGGGAAGAUGUCGACGUGAAAGACAAGAAGAAGAUUCCAAAUUUUCGAACCGCCGAACAGGUCAUUGAAGCGGAGUUGAUGGAUGAAGCACCAUCCUCCAAAUCGAGGUCGAAAACAGAUCCUGAAGAUGUUGUGGUAGAAGCAUAUGCAACCUUGGACGAUGGUGACAAGGACAGUCAAGCCAAACACAAAACACAGGAAAAGAGCAAACCAAAGGUUCAUGAUAAAACGACACAAGGGGAAAAUACAAAGAAGCCUGAAACAAAGAGCGAGAAGCCAGUUAAGACCAAGGCUGCAAAGGCCAAAAAGGGAGGUAGUAACUCAGUCGCGGCAACUAUACCCACCGCUGGUUCCGAGCCGGCUGGACUCGACUUUGCAGUCCGGGCGGCAAAACAAGCAGCUGCCAAACGAAAGGCAAGGGUUGCCAAACAAGAAUCACCUGCUACCGAAGAUUAUGCCGUGGCAGCGGCACGUAAAGCUGCUGCCAUAAAAUCGCCUCCCGAAGACUUUGCUAUUGCGGCAGCGCGCAAAGCUGCUGCUGCUACGGGGAAAAAGAAUACCACCACCAUGUUGAAGGUCGCCAAACAAAAGGAAGCAUCCAAGACGGCUAGGACUCCUGUCAAGGGGGCCGCACGACCACAAGUCAUCGAAGAGCAAGCAAAACCAAUCGCAAUGCCCGAAGUUGAAGACAAAUCUCCUCCUGCUCUUUCGCGUGACAAUCUGGCACAAUCAAGGUCGUUUGGGUACACUAUUUCACGACCUUCGGAAAGGGCAAAGAAGGGCAAAACCAAGACAGCUGCCAAAAAGACUGCAUCAAAGGUAAAGAAAGGUUCCGGCUCGAAGGUGGCUUCUGCUUCAUCGGCAGAUACUCCCAUAGCAAAGUCCCAAGGCGGGUCAGGAGUUCCGUCAACAGCAGCGGUUCCAACCAAUAGCAAGGCAAAACCCACAGCAAAGACCAAUGCAAAACCCAUCCCACAGGAAGCUGAGACAACAGAAGUCGCAGAUGACAAGAAGAUGGAAUCCAAACCCAUGCCAUCGAGAGAACAAAUGGAACUUGACGUUAUGAAGGCUGCUAAAGAGGUGAUUGAAGAAAUGGUUGAAGAUAGCGAAGACAUGACUGCAGAGGAACUUCUCAGGGAUGUUCUAAAGUUUGAUGAAGAGGAGAAAAAAAGUAAUGAACCCGGAAGUGGGUUUGUAAGUGGUGCCUUCGAAAAGGCGAAGGAAAUCAUGCAAGAUAGAUAUCGACAAAGACAGAGAAUGGAUACCAAAAUAUUCGAUGGUUCCAAGCCGAACAUUGCAGACCCGAAUCAGUUCCCAGUUGACGCUGAUGCUCCUAGCAGCGAAGAAGAAGAGUUGAGACGCAUGUUUCAAGCUGGCGAGCAAAUUGCCGAUACCAGGAUCACAAAGUCAAUCAAAGACAAUGUUGAUUUGGGUUACGGACUGGGAAAUUCCGAAGACGAAGUUGACCAACUUAUUGCCAACGAGAAGUCUAUUUCAAACUAUGCAAAAGUCCUCGAUGAUGAGCUAAUUGAAUUGGAGCUACAAAUUAACCCCACCCCGGGUGAAGAAUUGGAUGGCCCCAUGAAAAACCCAAUGUUCGAUGUGAUGUCUGGACCAGAAGUUUACAACCCAAACACGGAUAUGGAUGACGUGAAUUACCCUGGAGCUUUGCCAGGAACAAAAGAGUUGCGUCUACCUAAACCAUUGAAGGAGGUCAAGAAGCAAGCUGAAUUUGCAACGGGUGUACUCAAGAAAUUGCGAACUGUUGAAACUAAGGACGACAACGGAAGUGUUGGCGCAAAGUAUUUUGUCGGAGAAACGGAAAUGACACUUAAGCAACUAACUGAUCUUCAAUCAGUCGUUUCCGAAGCUUCUCAAAUUGGUAUUAUCACUGACCCUGUCACUCUGAUGAAAGAAAGCUCAAGGCUACAACUUCUGGUGGAUGAACUUUGGAACCAACCAAAGGAGCGUUUUCGAGAAAUUGCGGAAAACUACAAGGACUUGAUCUUGUCAGACAAUUUUGUUUCACUCGUAAAGGAAAGAAUGCAAAAUAUGGUGGAGCGAGAUUUGGAUGCAUUUCGUCGAGAUGACGAGAGUCUCAAGGAGCCUCAUGCAAGAGAACGGGAAAUUUUGGGCGAAGUCGUUGUGUAUGCACAAUUGCUAUUGAAAGAGGUCCGAGCGCUUGGUGCCGAGCUUGAAGCGCAACAACUUGAAGUCGUUCGAUCGAUUUGUAAGGUUGCUAUGGACCCAAGAUAUACUACAGAGGAAGAAACCGCAAUGGCUUUGACUGACGCUGUGAGAGACAUGCGCCCGCUGCUGGAUGAUAUGUUUGUUGCCUACUUGAAGUAUGCAGUAGUAGAAGAGAAAGGUCGCCUAGCUCGAGCGGGUUUGUUAGAUGAUCCAGAACACAACCAAUGGCUUUUUGUUCUACAAAUUGUACAGCAAGGCGUCUACAAUGAGAUUGCGAUUGGCAUCAAUCGACACAUUGAUCAUAUCGGAUAUGUUAUUAGGAUGAAGACUCCACGACAAAGGAGAAUGUUACUCGAGAAACUCAUUGAUGUCAUGCCAUCAUUGGACGUUCGUCCAUUUGUCCAAGUGGUGGAGAAUAUCGUUGGGGCUUUGGGAGACGGCGCAAAAGGCGAAUUUGAUGGAAUUGAUACUCUUGGUGGUUGGGCAAAUGAACUGCUCCAAUUGCAUAGGGACGUGAAAGAACUACUUCCACCAGAGAGGAUCGCACUAAAGGCUCGAGAUGCCGACGAAUGGGCAGAAAGGCAGCGACAGCGGUUGCUAGAUUUCCGAAAGGUAUCAAGACAACGACUUCAGGCUGCAAACGACAAUGCCCACUUGCAAGAUGAAAUUGAAGCUUUGGGAAAACGCGGUGAAAUUGAAAGAAUAGAGUAG